UCCCUUUGCGGACACACCCACCCAUUGUCUAUCCAUUCCUCUUUUUUUCUUUCUUCAUCUCAUUCAUUAUUCACACAGAGAGAAAAAAAAAAAAGAGAGAGAGAGAGAGAAGAAAGAAGUUUUCUGUAAUAAUCAUCUGCUCUGUUUCUAGGGUUUUUGUUUGAUUCUUCUUCUUCCCUUAUAAAGUUUCUGAUUCCCACUUCUUCUUCUUCUUCUGAAGAUAUUAGUUUCUUGCAGGAUACAAUUUCUUCUGAAGAUCUUUUCUUUUACGAAGUUGAUUUGGGUCAAGAGUGAAGGAAGAGAUGGGUUACAUGUGUGACUUCUGUGGUGAACAAAGAUCUAUGGUCUACUGUCGAUCAGAUGCUGCUUGUUUGUGUCUCUCUUGUGACCGUAGUGUUCAUUCCGCUAACGCAUUGUCCAAACGUCAUUCUCGGACACUUAUCUGCGAGCGAUGCAAUGCUCAGCCUGCUACCGUCAGGUGUGUUGAAGAAAGAGUUUCACUUUGUCAAAACUGUGAUUGGUCUGGCCACAACAACAACAAUUCUUCGUCUUCUGCUUCUUCUUCUCCGCAGCAGCAUAAGAGGCAAACCAUUAGUUGCUAUUCUGGUUGCCCUUCUAGCUCAGAACUCGCCUCUAUUUGGUCUUUCUGUUUAGACUUAGCCGGACAAUCCAUUUGUGAACAAGAAUUGGGUAUGAUGAAUAUAGACGAUAAUAAUAAUGCUCCUACCGACAAAAAUUGCAAUGAGGAUAACAAGAAAGAUGUCUUGGUUGGAUCCUCUACUGUUCCUGAAACCAGUUCUGCUGCACCAGGGAAUUCAUCUUUUGCUAAGAAGGAUGUUGGAGUGUGUGAAGAUGACUUCUAUGGGAACCUCGGUAUGGAUGAAGUUGACUUGGCACUUGAGAACUAUGAAGAGCUCUUUGGUGUUGCCUUUAAUCCCUCGGAAGAGUUAUUUGGCCAUGGUGGAAUCGAUAGUCUUUUCCAGAAGCACCAAACAGCUACAGAGGGAGGGAAUCAUGUGCAGCCAGCUGACAGCAAUGACUCGUUCAUGAGUUCGAAAACUGAGCCAAUAAUUUGCUUUGCAUCGAAGCCAGCACAUUCGAAUAUCUCUUUCUCUGGAGUCACUGGAGAAAGUAGUGCUGGAGAUUUCCAAGAAUGUGGUGCAUCGUCUUCUAUGCAGCUCUCAGGGGAGCCACCAUGGUAUCCUCCAACAUCACAGGAUAAUAAUGCUUGCUCACAUUCAGUAACCCGUAAUAACGCAGUUAUGCGUUACAAGGAAAAGAAGAAGGCUCGCAAGUUUGAUAAGAGAGUGAGGUAUGCUUCUCGCAAAGCAAGAGCUGAUGUGAGACGGCGUGUAAAGGGGAGAUUUGUCAAAGCUGGUGAAGCUUAUGAUUACGACCCUCUCACCCCAACUAGAAGCUAUUGAAGAGUCUCUUUGAAAGGUAAAUACAGAUGGGCGAAAAUUUCCAAACAAGAAAGGUUUUUGACUUAUGGGCAGUUUGAAAGUGAGCAACUUGGAAAGCUGUGGGUUAGUUUUAGUUAACAAAACAAGACUACUCUUAGUUUGAACAGAUCCAAGACUGACUCUUGUGAGCAAUCAUUCAUUCCUGGGGAUUCAAUCGGUUUUUUUGGCCUUAGAAGCUUCAUUCUUGUUCAGAGGGAUCAUUCUCUGACUUUCCUUGCGAACAAAUUACCUCAACUCCGAUUUCUUCUUCUUCAAGCGUCUCACUGAUCCGGGUUCCAUGAAUUUUGUUCUUCUCUUGGUAGUUUAAAGCAGGGAGAUUUAGAGUAUAAUUUAAACAAUAUGAUUGUAUAUGUCUGUCUAUUUGUUUGUAUACUCAUAAAUGUUUGUAUUCUGUCUUGUACUCGGCAUUCUUGUAAAUUAAAGACGUUAUCCAGUAUCUAUCAGACACAUUUAUGUGGUACCAACCGA